AUGCAUCUUACCCGGCUUGGAAGUGUUGCUGCUCUGGCGGUCUUGGCUGUUGCUGCUCCUGCUCGACCUGUUCCUCGAGAUGUCUCGACCAAUGUCCUUGGUCAAUUAAACUUGUUCGCGCAAUAUGCCGCAGCAUCAUAUUGCACGAACAAUAUCAACUCUACCGGCGAUGGACUCUCUUGUCUAGAAGGAAAUUGUCCAUCUGUCCAGUCGGCCAAGACAACAACUAUAUACGAGUUCGAUGAAUCCACCGAGUUCGGUAAUGUGGCGGGAUUCCUCGCUGCCGAUCAGACAAAUAACCUCCUCGUGCUCUCCUUCCGGGGAAGCCGAACGCUGAGCACGUGGAUUGCGAACCUGGACUUCGGCCUAACCGAUAGCAGUCUCUGCAGUGACUGUGAGGUCCACAGUGGAUUCUGGAAGGCAUGGGAAACAGUCGCGGACGACUUAACAGCGAAGAUCAAGACAGCAUUGACAACCUACUCGGGCUACACACUCGUCCUAACCGGCCACAGCUUCGGCGCAGCCGUUGCCACACUCGGAGGCACUGUGCUCCGGAAUGCAGGGUACAAAUUGGAAUUAUAUACAUACGGCCAACCCCGACUUGGCAACAAGGCAUUGGCAACAUAUAUCACAAACCAAGGCAGUCUCUAUAGAGUGACACAUACCGACGACGUGGUUCCUAAAUUACCCCCCGCAUCUUUUGGAUUUAGCCAUCCUAGCCCUGAGUAUUGGAUUACCAGUGGCAAUGAUGUGACGGUGACUCCUAGUGAUGUGACUGUUAUUGAAGGUGUGGGGUCUAAGGCUGGAAAUGCUGGCACGGCCAAUCCCGAUAUCGAGGCCCAUAAUUGGUAUUUGGUUUAUAUUGAUCAGUGUCAGUAG